UGGAACCAAGAGCUGAUCUACAUGGGCUGGGAAGCUGUUUUGGGGCCGCAGCGAGAUCGACCCGAGACCGAGUAUGCAAUUAGCUAAGCAAAUACGAUUAGUCAUCCGUUGAUAUCAGAAACGACGCCGUGAGAAGCAGCAAGAACUUUGCAGCAAGCAGAAGAAGUCGACACUUUUGCGCUGCUGGGGCCUGCUCUCCCUUGCUAUCAGCUGUCCGAUAUAAAUUAGCCUGCAUGGUCCUCGCAUAUAAGCCGCCAGACGCCCUGUAUUAAACCAUGCGAGUUCCUUUUUCUCCAUACCGUCCCUCGUUACUUCAACCAGCCCAGCAGACACCGAUACAGGUCAAUCGCUCCCUUCCAUCAACAUAGUGCGCGCAUCUUCUUUUUUUCCCCGGAACACAAAGAUACAGAUAGGACUGGGGAUUCACUUCCCUCGUCUACCGAUCAGCACUCUUUUUCCUAGGCGUCAUGCCGGGCCUUCCAAGUGAGUGCCAACCAGAACCAUAGCCGUUUAUAUAUUUAUGCUACAUGUUAUUUUGUUAUUUGAUCCGUUGUCUGACUGGAAUUCUUUCUUUACAUAUAGCUAGUAUUGAUUUGGAUGAGUGCAUCGAACGGAUCUACAAACGCGAACUGCUGGCAGAUUCGGUUAUUGAAGCGAUAUGCUCCAAGGCAAAGGAGCUGUUAAUGAAAGAGAGUAAUGUCGUACAUAUUGCUGCUCCAGUUACUGUUGUCGGCGACAUACACGGCCAGUUUUACGAUUUGAUUGAGAUUUUCAAGAUCGGAGGAUUCUGUCCUAAUACAAAUUACCUCUUCCUUGGGGACUAUGUCGAUCGAGGACUUUUCAGCGUGGAGACAAUCUCCUUGCUUAUCUGUUUAAAGCUCAGAUAUCCCGAACGAGUCCAUUUGAUCCGAGGAAACCAUGAAUCGCGAGGUGUGACGCAGUCGUACGGUUUCUACACCGAAUGCGCUCGAAAAUACGGUAACGCCAAUGUCUGGCACUAUUUCACUGACAUGUUCGAUUUUCUUACUCUGAGUGUUGUUAUAAAUGACCAAAUCUUCUGUGUCCACGGCGGCCUGUCUCCUUCCAUUCAUUCGAUUGACCAGAUCAAGAUCAUCGACCGGUUUCGCGAGAUACCACAUGAGGGCCCCAUGGCGGACCUAGUCUGGUCAGACCCGGACACCGAACGUGAUGAAUUUUCUUUAUCUCCUCGAGGUGCAGGUUACACUUUUGGAGCACAGGUGGUCAAGAAGUUUUUGGAAGUGAAUAGCAUGUCGCAUAUCUUGCGCGCACACCAGCUGUGCCAGGAAGGUUACCAGGUGCUAUACGAUGACCGAUUGAGUACUGUAUGGAGUGCGCCGAACUACUGCUACCGGUGUGGAAAUUUAGCGAGUGUGCUAGAAGUCAGUGAUACUGGUGAACGAUUCUUCAACAUCUUUGAUGCUGCGCCGGAGAACAAUGAUGUCCAUCGUGGAGACCAGGCGACCCAGCAGGGGAAAGAUGGGCAGAAUCCGGUGAUUGAGUAUUUCUUAUGAUAUCCUCGAUUAAAUAUGCAGAGCAGAAAAAAAAGAA